UCUCUCUCUCUCUCUCUCUCUCUCUCUCUGAGUUUAGCUUUUGCUUUUCUGUUCUCCUCCUCCUCCUUUUUCUUCAUCUGCUCUCUGGUUUCAGUGAAAUGCUGAAUCUGGUUAGGGUUUAUCGGCUCUUCGUUGGCUUCCUCGUUGUUGUCUCCGUUGCUCUAUCCGUUUUCGCAGAUUAGAAGCUGUCGCAUGUUCGAAGCUAUUUCUUACAAGCAAAACCAUAGAGCAUGGCUUUCCUUCAUUCAGUAAUAGAUAAGCAAAAAAUGGCAGCAGAGCUUGUUAUUUCUGCAACCAACGAGAAGCUUGCUGAUGUCGACUGGGCAAAAAAUAUUGAAAUCUGUGAACUAGUUGCUCGGGAUGAAAGGCAAGCUAAAGAUGUUAUCAAGGCUAUCAAGAAACGGUUGGGAAGCAAGAACCCAAAUACUCAAUUGUAUGCUGUCAUGCUACUGGAGAUGUUGAUGAAUAAUAUUGGGGAGAAUAUUCAUAAACAGGUUAUAGAAGUGGGGGUUCUCCCUAUACUUGUGAAGAUUGUGAAGAAAAAAUCAGAAUUGCCUGUAAGAGAGAGGAUCUUUCUCCUUCUUGAUGCUACACAAACCUCCCUUGGCGGUGCUUCGGGGAAGUUCCCUCAGUAUUAUUCAGCAUAUUACGAUUUAGUGCAUGCAGGAGUUAAGUUUCCUCGGAGAACUCAUGCUACACCAAACCCUAACCCUGGCUCUACACAAGCAGCCCCCAGAAAUACGCUUAAUGAACAACUUGCAUCUGCUAGGAAAGAGGGGACUGCUCACCAGCGAGAACCUGAGCCUGCAUCUCCUUCCAGCAUCUUACAAAAAGCUAGUAGUGCACUAGAAGUUCUGAAGGAAGUUCUUGACACAAUCGAUUCUCAAAAUCCCGAGGUAGCGAAAGAUGAGUUUACUCUUGACCUUGUGGAGCAAUGUUCAUUUCAGAAGGAACGCGUUAUGCAUCUCGUGAUGACAUCAAGGGAUGAAAGGAUCGUUUCUCAAGCAAUUGAAUUGAAUGAGCAGCUGCAAAGAAUUCUCACUAGACACGAUGACAUGCUAUCGGGCAGGAUCAUGGAGUCGGGCAGCUCUACAUCCAAUGGAUAUCAUCCCCAUUCCGGGCCAGGUCGUUCUACUUCAAAUGGGAAUCAUCAGAAACAUGAGCUGAGUGCUUCUACUACUGCAAAUCAUCUCCAUUCUGAGUCAAGCAGCUCUAUAUCCAAUUCAAAUCUUCUUAACCAUGAGGAUGAUGAUGAAGAAGAGGAGGAGGAGCCUGAGCAGUUAUUCAGAAGACUGCGGAAAGGAAAAGCCCGAGCAAAGCCUGAAGACGAAGAAGAGCCAUUCUCGGGAGAACGACCUCCCCCGGGAUUUCUCGGAUCAUCCAUUCCAGGUGAAAGACUCAACCGUCCACUUAUACGGCCUAUACCUUCGGAGACAAGACUUGACAGAAAUUCACAAUCUCCUCCUGUCGGUAUUCCGCCUCCGCCAGCGAAGCACAUGGAGAGGGAGAGGUUCUUCAAGGAGAAGAAAACUGACGGCUCUGCCAUUUCCGGCCAUAUGAGAGGCCUUUCCUUCAGCAGCUCACGCAGCGGAAGCUUAGACUUCAGUGACUGACUUGCCAUGAACAACCAAAGUCACACAUAUAUAUAUAUAUAUAUACAUACAUAUUCUUUACGUUUUUUUUGGGGUUUGUAAUCUACAGGACAGAAAGAUAUGGAGAAGAACAUCGUCUGUGUGUGGGUUUAGUAGUAUAGCUUUUUGCAGCAGCCGAAAUGUUAUGCCAUGUUAUACACGAGAUGAGUGUAUCUGUUUCAACGUUGUGGGAACUCGGACUGUGUAAAAGCUUAUUGAGGUUUGUGCCUUUUUGUGUAAUGAAAUCGUACCAUUGUUUACUA